AUGAUCUGUCGAGGCCAGCCCAGCUUCUUCGAAUGGCGUUGUGUGCGGUUCAGCCACGCCAUUGAAUUGGAAGCCGCCCCAGUUUACUCAAGACCCAGAGUCCCAGACGAACGUCCCGGCAACCUGGAGCAGCACCCCAUCAUUAUCGACGAGGAGAGGGAAGGCGAAGACUGGCCAAGGACAUACGGGCAUUUCAACGUCUGUUCAGCCGGUUUUUCGAGGCUUCCAGGAACAGACGUCCCGGAUCCAGUUACGACAAAGACGCCGUCUUUUACAGAGUAUCGCGAAACAGCGAGGAUAGCAUCCCAGACGUCGUCCGAAAUGGCUUCCCCCUUAUUCCCAGUCACCACGCUAGAACUCGCCGUGAGACAGCUAUCGAUGAACCACGGCGACGCAUCCACCAUGUCUUCCACGACCAUUCCCAGCUGGAUAUUGACGAUCCCGCGAGAUACACCACUGUCAAGCUCAACGAAUGAGGAUCCGGCCACGCAGGUCGUCUACUCAAAGAACCAGUGCAAGAGGGACACAGUGUACAUCUUGCAGCUAGUACAGGAGAUCCAGGACCGACGGUUCACGGAUGCAGAAGCAGCGGGUCUGAUUUCCGAGUCAGACUACUCAAACGCACGAUCGGUCGUCUCCUGCCUGAAUAGCGGCCGCCGUCACGAAUUCCUGGCAAACGCCCAAGCAGUAAUCGCGGAUGGAACACAUGCUGCCGCGAACACCCAAACCCUGCGACACCCGGCCGAAGACGCACCAGCCGGCUCGUUGCUAACGCGGCCGAACACGGCGGGUGUUACGCUAAGGACAGAUAAACCAAGACGAGGAAAACCGAGCGACCCGGACAGCUCGUCGUCAGACCUCAACAACUCCCCCUCGCGUCGUAGACGCAGAUCCCGUGACCCUGAUAGAUCCCAUUCAUCUGCCACUACCACGAUCCGGAAACUGAAGCCGGAUGACGUCCAGUUAAUUGACCCUAAGACCAUGUCAGUUACCUCUUUUACGAAGUGCCUGCGGCAGGUGUCCAGGUUCUAUGGAGAACAGUCCGUCUUAAACGUCGUUCCCUUAUGUCUGCGAGGCGACGCUAGAGAUUGGUACACCCACUUGUCUGAUGCGACAACGGAUGCCAUGCAGGAAUCUAUGCAAACGUGCAUACAGAAACUUGAACGGCGGUUCAAGAAAAACCCCUUCGAGGCGCGCACCGAAGCCGAACGUGAAAUUCCGCUACGCAAAAGAAAGGCAUCAGGACUCAGAGAAUAG